CAGCUUUCACUUUCCUUCCGUUCUUGUUUUGUUCAGCGAGAGUAAACUUUUACCGUGAAAUUACAAUUAUUACGUCGAGCGAACGAACACCAGCAUUAAUCAUAUUUUGCCUUUCUCGCUUUUGUUUUUAUGCUGUGCUUGAACAGCGGAACACGAGCAAAACGGGUGAAAGCGAACGAAAACAAAGGCACCGAAACAAAACGGAGGUGACACAGCCACCCAAAACCCAAAGAAAGUUUAGUCCAACGCUGGAAACUGGAUCGAUUGGCCCGCCGUACCUCUUGGAAGCAUAUUUCCGUCAAAAUUGGCAACAAAAACUGCUAAUCGCUGCCCACCAACGCUACAGUUCGUUGCUGACGAGGCGCUUAUCAAUAAAAUACGAACGUUAUUUGCACACCUCGCCUACCAAAGCGACAGGCAAGCGGUGUGAUUCGAACAACGCCGCAAACCGCCCAGUCUGCCUCCAGACGUCUCCGCGUACGCAACUCGUCGAUUCCAGUGCCUACUACGACCAGGAAAGAUUAUUCGUCGUUCGCACCUCACGAUAGACGGUGUUUCGUAUAGGGUCGAUCCUGUGCGCGUCCGGCACCGUGCUUUAGUGUGUGUUGUGUUCUCGACGGAACGUGGAAUAUUCCCGUGCUUCCCAGUACCGCUUGCGCGAUUUAGCCGGGCACGUUGCUAUACAGUUCAUUUGACAUCCGGUGUCAUUGGUGCAGCAAAGAAGUUUACUUUAUUUGCUGAACUUACAAUUUAACCCUCUGUCCCAUUUCGGACGAGCGUACAUCCGCCACCGAAAAUGGUCACCACUUCGAGUGUUCUUGGCAGCACCAGUGCCGUGCUGGUGUCGCUGUUUAUAUUGCGUAAGGUUUUUCCCUGGAUUUAUCAAAACCUUAUCGGGCCAAAGGUAUUCGGCUGCCGUAUCAACCUGAAAAAGACCGGCGAAUGGGCCCUCAUCACCGGUGCAACCGAUGGUAUAGGAAAGGCGUACGCUCAAGCGCUUGCACGAAAGGGUCUUAACAUCAUUUUGGUUAGUCGAACGCUUUCCAAGCUUCAGGAUGUCGCUAAAGAAAUUGAAACGGAAUUCAAGGUACGCACGAUGGUUAUUGCUGCAGACUUCACAAGUGGGGCGGAAAUGUACGCGCAAAUCGAACGACAAAUUGAGAAUAUGGAAAUCGGUGUACUGGUGAAUAACGUCGGCAUGAGUUACGCGAACCCGGAAUACCUGUUGGAAUUGCCGGACAAUGAAAAACUCAUUAAAAAUCUUCUCAGCUGCAACAUUCUUUCAGUGACGCGCAUGUGUCAGCUGGUUAUGCCCGGCAUGGUGAAACGGCAUGCUGGUGUUGUGAUUAACAUUUCAUCGCUCUCUGCCGUCAUUCCGGCACCAUUGCUGACCGUAUAUUCUGCCUCGAAAGCGUACAUGGAUAAGUUUUCCGAAGAUCUCGCCUCAGAGUAUGCGAAACACAAUAUUGUGGUGCAAUCUGUUCUGCCGGGUCCAGUAGCUACCAACAUGUCGAAGAUUCGGAAGAGCACAUGGAUGGCCUGCUCGCCGAAAGUGUUCGUAGCUAGCGCGAUUAAUACGCUGGGUCAUACGCGUCAAACUACAGGCUACUUUCCACAUGCUUUGCUAGAGCUAGCUAUCAACAUGAUAAGUUUCGUUUCGCCACGCUUGAUGGAAAAACUUACCAUAAAUACUAUGCAAAAUAUCCGGGCUAGAGCAUUGAAAAAAUCCACAACCAAAUCAUCUGCACCAGGUGACGCAACGGAACUAACCGCUUCGUCGUCGUAAAUACUGAGAUUGUGAGAGAAGAAUGGUGUGUGAAAAUAGACAGAAACCCGGUCCUGUUGCACGUUGCGAUACUACUGAUAGUAAACUGAUACGCAUCUCGGGUUCACCUAAGCAACGCCCAACAACUGACCGGCUUCUAGGUUUAGUUGUAGUGUUAACGAAAUAGUCAAACCGGCUGGGCAUUUAUCGAUAAGGCGGAUGGGGGGUAAAGAUCAAUGAGAAUAAGAUGACAAGAGCAGAAAACAAACAGGGGAGAAUUCAAAACUUAUCCUAAGCUAAGCAUCCUAGUCCAGUAUAGGCAAGUAGGUUGCAUGGAAUGGAAGGUGCAAAUUUAGUGUAAUGCUUAACGUUAUUUCCGAAACUACUUCUUCUAACGACUGAAGGCUAUAUAAUUCAAAGUACAAUUGUUAAAAAAUCAACAUAAUACGUUGUACCCAAAAAUAAACACCAUCUUGUCCCAUUCCAA